CCAGGUACACGCCCUUUGCCUUGUCAGGAAAAAAAGUUUAAGAAAAAACUAAAUCACGGAAGAGAUUAUGCAGCGCUAGUUUGGCAAGUUUCUUUUGUGGUCUCAAAGCAGCAGAGUUAGACGGAAAACUCGUCCUGUAGGAAGUAUAUGAUUCACCCUUGCAGGAACUUUCUAUACGCUUUCAUCAASGGACGGUGCCAACGACGACGCUUUUGGAGACUCCAAGACUCGUUUUUUUACGUAGCAAGUAGCGGAUAACGUUUGAAUUCAAAGGGGAAAAAACGAUUUAACUACAUCGAGAGACAGCAGUCAUGGAGUCAGCCAUUCAGACGGUAGUGGGUGUCUUCCUGAAAUCAGCCAAAGGGAAGGAGARUUUGGGAGGGAAUGACUUCCAGAAGCUGGUGAAGAGCCAGCUCCACAACAUCAUGACGGACACGGACAGCUCCGAGGCGGUGAAGAAAAUGCAACAGGGCCUGGACGCUAACCAGGAYGGUAAAGUCAACUUCGAGGAGUACAUGAAGCUGGUGGGCUACCUAGCAACCUCCCUGAGCGUGCAAUGCACCGCUGCCGUGGCGACGCCAGCUGAGAGUGCGGCCGCCACAACAGAGACCAAGAAUGCACCGGCACCAGCAGCAACAGAGGUAAAGGAAGAGAAGGCAGAAGCCGAGGCACAGCCAGAGGAGGCACAGGCUGAGACGGCCACAGCUGUAGAGGCACCAGCAGAGGCAGCCGUAGAGGCAGAAAAGGUGGAAGAAGCGAAAAAGGUGGAGGAGCCAGCACCAGCAGCAACCGAGGAGGAGAAGACAAAGGAGGCCUCAUAGGAGUUUACCACCGGUCCAGUCCGGACAUUACAAUACACACCAACACCAAACUGAUAGACACCUCACUACCCUAAUACAAACAGGAGUGCUAAUACCAUAAUAAUAAUAAUAAUACCAUACAGUACAGUAUAUGUUGCAACACCACAAUAGUACAUUCAUUUUCAUUCACACAUACAUAAACCCAGUAUUUGGUACUAAAAUAAACUACACUACAAUUACUUACAUUGCAGCAGUACAUGCCAUUUAUAUGUUGAUAUACUUCCCACUAUAUAGCACACUAUACUUUAUUAUAUGUAUAUAUAAUUCAUUCUGCCAUUCAUUGAUGUGAAAUUUUGACACCCUCUGAAAUUGACACAUUUCCACACCUGUAGAGCUGAUGAAUCUUUAUAUACACUGACACACAUGCAAUACUAAAUGUUUUUAUAUUUGCAUUCCUUCUUUCUCCCUUUGCUCAUCUACAAUGACGCAAUGCAACACUAUACUACAGUACAUUCCACAAUGUACAGUCAAGUCAGGCCAUCUCAAGUUGUUCUUCUGAGAAGCUUGUUUGGCUUAAUGGCUUUGCAUGAUGCAAGCAAGMACUGAUGCAUGGUUGCAUGACAUUUGCUACACAUCAAAUUCUUGAGUGUUAAAUUAACACUGACAGUGUUAAAUCAACACAGAUAGCGUUAAAUUUAACACAGGUCCAGUGUCUAUACAGAUCCACACUUUUCAGUGUUAAAUUAACACACUGCUCAGUGUAAAGCCUUAUUUGCAUAUUUCCCAGAGGGCCUUGCCUUUCGAGUGAAGUUUAGUGUUACCACCCAUGACUGUAUUUGUUAGUGACAGAGACAUGGCUGUUGCAUUCAUCCGUUUUCAGCCCUGUGGCCUCCACCAAGUGAGAUCCUAAGCGAAUACAUUAUCAUACAGUUUUUAUUAUGCAACACAAUAUAUCACGUAUUUCCUAAAGGCCUUUUACCAUUAAACAGUGACCUGAAACUCAUGGUUUACAGGCCACAUCAGGCCUGCAAGUCACAUUAUGCUGGCUUGCAAAGCGAUGUGUAAUUUCUAUUGGAAUCCAGCCAGAGUGGGGAUAUUAAACAUUUAGAAUUUUUAUUGACCCUCAUCCUGCAUUCAGAACAACUGCUGGGUUGAGAAGAUUAAGAUAUAAGACCACCUUAACCAUCUUAACUGGAACAACCAUUUCAGUAAUGGUGCGGAAGUCCAAGUACCAGAUUGGAUUAGUUUAGAAAAAUGUAUGUUAGUUAUAUUUGAGAAGAAUAAGAUUAAUGAAUGAAUCAAUGUACAUGCAAAAACAUAGAUAUUGAAACAAUUCUAAAAAUCUGCCUGCAGUAGAGCAUGCUGGGAAAUAUGAUAAUGAUGGGCAUGGUUUUGGUUUAACACUKGUUAUUAACACCAACACUGGGAUUMUUUUACACCAAUGAGUGUUAAUUUAACAAUUACAGAGUGAAUUUAACACAUUCCUUAACAUUAGAAAUGUUACAUUGACCAAUGUGCUUUGCAAGAUUGUCUAAGUGCUCUGCUCUCUCUGUCAUUGAAAUGAAGCUCUGACAUGGCAUGACAUGACAAUAAACAAAUUGUGUUGCUAGGGUUCUUA